CAUAAUGCCUCUGGGCCUAUAACAGAUUCUCUAUCCGGUUACGACACGCUCAUAUAAAGACAGCAGCGUUCGCAGUCAGAGUUCGUCAGAGAAGUGGAAGCCAAUGAUUCCCAUAUGUCCAGUGGUCUCCUUCACCUAUGUGCCCAGCCGGCUAGGUGAAGAUGCCAAAAUGGCUACCGGCGGCAAUUAUUUUGGAUUUACACACGGUGCUGCUGCGCAAUACAGUCAGCAGCCGACCGCUGGAGUAGCCUACACCCAUCCUACGACGGUAGCCAGCUACACCGUGCAUCAGGCGCCAGUGGCUGCUCACACCGUAGCUGCGGCCUUCGCCCCCACAGCUGCUACCGUUGCUGUCGCCAGACCUGCACCUGUCGCUGUCGCAGCAGCGGCCACUGCGGCAGCUUAUGGAGGAUACCAGCCUGCCCACGCUACCACAGACUACGGCUAUGCCCAACGUCAGCCUGAAGUUCCCCCACCACCUCCACCAGUCACCUCACAGAACUACCAGGAUUCCUAUUCUUAUGUUAGGUCUUCAGCUCCUGUUGUAGCCUAUGACAGUAAACAAUACUACCAGCAACCCACGGCUACAGCAGCUGUAGCAGCAGCUGCCCAGCCACAGCCCACAGUGGCAGAGUCCUACUACCAAACAGCUCAAAAAACAGGAUACAGCCAGGGUGCUACACCAUAUACACAGGCCCAGCAAACCCGCCAAGUUACAGCCAUAAAGCCAGCCACACAGAGUCCGGCCACCUCCACUUUCUCCAUCUACCCAGUGUCCUCUGCAGUGCAGCCAGUGGCAGCUGCAGCAGCUGCUGCAUCCUCCGUGGUCCCAUCUUACUCCCAGAGCCCUACAUACAGCACUAAUGCUGUUACGUAUUCAGGCACAUCAUAUUCAGGUUAUGAGGCAGCUGUGUACUCUGCAGCAUCCUCUUACUACCAGCAACAGCAGCAGCAACAGAAACAAGCCGUCGCUGCUGCAGCAGCCACUGCUGCCUGGACAGGAAGCACUUUUACCAAGAAAACACCAUUCCAGAACAAAACACUCAAACCCAAACAGCCACCAAAACCACCACAAAUACACUACUGUGAUGUGUGCAAGAUUAGCUGCGCAGGGCCACAGACGUACAAAGAACAUCUAGAGGGUCAAAAGCACAAAAAAAAGGAGGCAGCGCUGAAGGUCUCUCAGAGCAGUAAUAGCAGCAGUAGUGGCAGCAGCUCGGCCCGAAACACACAAAACCAGCUUCGCUGUGAGCUGUGCGAUGUUGCCUGCACCGGGGCCGAUGCCUAUGCUGCCCACAUCCGCGGCGCUAAACAUCAGAAGGUUGUGAAACUACACACCAAGCUCGGGAAACCCAUUCCUUCCACGGAGCCGAGCAUGGUGACUCAGACAUCGACGUCCACCACGGCAGCUCCCAGUAAACCAGUCAGUGCUGCCAUCAGCAGUUCCACCAGUAGUACUGCAUCUGCCAUGAAUGUCUCCUCCUCCACCGGCUCCAGUUCCUCCUACCUGAAACCCCUAGGCAUGGUUAACAACACUGCUGCCUCAGUUAUGCAGGGCAAAAGUCCUGCCUCCAGCGGCAUUUCCUCAACUGCAGCAACGAUCAAGAAAGUCAACACACCCAAGAUAAACUUCGUUGGAGGAAACAAAUUACAGACCACUGGUGUUAAGAUGGAUGAGUCAAAAGUUGAGGCAUCCAAACCUGUACAGACCUCAUUAGGAGCACCGUCGCAGGAAGUUAAAAACGACACCCCUGAUCCUCUGUCCCCUCAGUCAGCUCUGGCAGCUUUACAGAGUGACGUUCAGCCUGUCGGUCACGACUAUGUUGAAGAGGUUCGAAAUGACGAAGGGAAAGUAAUCCGGUUCCACUGCAAGCUGUGUGAAUGCAGUUUUAACGAUCCCAAUGCGAAGGAAAUGCAUCUUAAAGGGAGGAGACAUCGUUUGCAAUAUAAGAAAAAAGUGAACCCGGACCUCCAGGUGGAAGUGAAGCCCAGCAUCAGAGCUCGUAAGAUCCAAGAGGAAAAGAUGAGGAAACAAAUGCAAAAGGAGGAAUACUGGCGACGACGUGAAGAAGAGGAGCGCUGGAGGAUGGAAAUGAGGCGCUAUGAGGAGGAUAUGUACUGGCGACGAAUGGAGGAAGAGCAACACCACUGGGAAGAAAGGCGUCGGAUGCCUGAAGGUGGCUAUCCACAGGGUCCACCUGGACCUCCUGGUCUUCUUGGGGUGAGACCUGGAAUGCCCAUCCCACAGCCGCAAGGCCCUGUGCCCCCACGACGCCCUGAUUCUUCUGACGAUCGUUAUGUGAUGACAAAACAUGCUGCUAUUUACCCCUCUGAAGAAGAGCUUCAGGCCAUUCAGAAGAUUGUGUCUAUCACUGAGCGUGCCCUCAAGCUUGUAUCAGACAUCAUUACUGACCAAGACAAGGGCAAAGAAGAGGAUAAUGACAAGGACAAGAAAGAGCCUCCCAAAGACAGAGCACUGAAAGGAGUAAUGAGGGUCGGUGUUCUGGCCAAAGGACUUCUUUUGCGUGGAGAUAAGAACGUCAACCUUGUUCUCCUUUGCUCUGAGAAACCCAGCAAGAGUCUGCUGUCCCGCAUUGUAGAGCACCUCCCCAAACAACUUGCACUUGUUACACCAGAGAAGUAUGAGGUGAAAGGCUCAGUCCAAGAAGCUGCAAUCAUCCUGACUUCCUCUGCUGAGCCCAAGAUGCAGGUGACGAUCACACUGACCUCGCCAGUCAUCAGAGAGGAGAAUUCCCGGGAUGGAGAUGUAACCUCGGGUAUGGUGAAAGACCCAGCGGACGUCUUGGACAGGCAAAAAUGCCUUGACGCUCUGGCUGCCCUACGCCACGCUAAGUGGUUCCAGGCUAGAGCCAAUGGACUCCAGUCCUGUGUGAUUGUUAUUCGUAUCCUGCGUGACCUUUGUCAGAGAGUACCGACCUGGUCUGCUUUUCCAAGCUGGGCCAUGGAACUGCUUGUGGAGAAGGCAAUCAGCAGCGCCUCUGGACCGAUGAGCCCCGGUGAUGCGCUGAGACGAGUUUUCGAAUGUAUUGCCUCUGGAAUUCUGCUACAUGGUGGCCCAGGGUUAAUGGACCCGUGUGAGAAAAAUCCGACAGACACCUUGGGUACUAUGGAGGAGCAGCAGAGAGAGGAUAUAACGUCUAGUGCACAGUUCGCCCUACGGCUCUUGGCAUUCCGUCAGAUCCAUAAGGUUCUUGGUAUGGACCCAUUGCCUCAGUUGAACCCACGAUUCAAUGUGAGGAACAAUCGCAAGAGGAGGCGUGACAACAGCGACGGCACAGACAGCUUUGAGGGUGAGGGGAAGAAGGACAAGAAGGACUUUGAUGGUUUCUAAAUAAGCUUCACAGGCUUACUUAUUUCUUGUUCAAAGUCUCUGUGUUCCAGUGGUGCGAAAGCUGAUUUCCAUAGGUCUCUGUGCAUGCUCAUUACUGCUGCUCAGAAAGAAUUUUAUGGCUCGUAAGAAGCCCAUUGAUGAGCACCUUACUAGCUUUGUUUGCUUCUUGUACCUGUAAAUGACCUAUGAAGGCAGCUCGGUCAAUGUUAAGCUUCAUUUCAACAGCUUUACUAAAAUAUUUAACACGCACAGAAAUGUUUUGGUAAUAUAAAAUAUCCUGUAACUGGAUAGGUUAUUAUUUGUGCUCUAAUUAUACGUUACUAAAAUUAUAUAUGUUAAGGUUUUGGUUGUUCCGACUGUAAUUAUCAAGAUAUUUCUACACUCCGGAAACACUCUUGUAGUCCAGGGGGGGUGUGUACCAAGAUAUUCUGGACCCUCAAGAUAACAUGAAACAUUUACUACUAAUAAAACAGGUUCUGCUGCAUACAGAAGGUUUUGCAUAAUGUUAAGUCACCCUCAGCAACCAAGGAACUAUGUUGAGAUUCAUAGUAAAUUUGAAAUCAUCCUAAUGUUGCAUGUUCAAGCCAUGUUUAGGCGGCAGUUUAAAGGUUUAAAAAAAAACCAUUAAAUUUUAUUUCUGCAUUUAUGUAUUGCAGUGUAAAAAAUUGACAAAUUUGGUUUAAGCUUAGUGUGUAUUAUUAUUUUUGUGUGUGUGUGUGUUUUGAAUUGACAUUCCUCUUAGCCACAAAGUCUAAGCUAAACUAUAACAUAUUCAUUACAUUGUAAUGAAUGUUGACUGGGCAUUUGAGUAUACAGCAUUGCGUUCCAUAGCACUAAUACAACCUGCUGGUUCCCUUUUAGCCAUUCGUUACGUACAUCUUUGGCUAUACGGUAACGUCAAGUUGGAAAAUGUCCUAAUUCUGUUAUGCAUAAUGCAAGUUGGGUAAAACUGAGCUUCUGUUGCGUUGCUGUAAGAUGCCAAUCUCUGAGAGCAGACUUGGGUCCUGUACAAAUGUGUGCGUUACCACCAUUCUCAAUGGUCAAUAAUUCAUUUCUAAGCUCUGUGAUUGCAUCAAUUUUUAGAAAUAACCACAGCAUUUACACGAGCGUGUUCCUUUUAUCCGUGGCUCUAGAUUUGCAAAGGAAAUCCCCUGCACUUUGCGAGGUGUUAAAUCCUGUAUUUUGAAGCAGGAUGCAGAGAUCACUUAUUUGUAGUAGGCCCAAGUCUGCCUAACGUUUGUGUUCAUAGUGCCGUAAUUUCUAAAUAUCGUGUGUACAUAUGCAUAUAAUCAUAUGUAGCUAUGUGUAGGCUAUGUUUGAUCUUUAAUAUAUGAGCACUGAAAAGCGGAGAUAUAAUCUUGCAAUAGAGCUUCGAGAAAUUGUAUAAUUUUAUGACAGCAUGGAAGUGUUCCAGUUUUGAGUUUUGUUUUAUUGUUUUAUCUGUUUAGAUGAGCAGCUGCUUGCUCUUCACUUUAGUUUAACUAUCCAUUCUUUUGUGAAAAAGAUUCUAUUCAAUUCUAUACAUAUGGGGGGGGGGUUGUUUCUGUGUUUGUAACUGCAGAUUUAGAUUUAUCCUUUUAAUAGCUUGUUAUUUGCCGUCAUGGUACUACUGCAUAACAAUAGACAAUAAAAACAAAAAUCUUCACAGAA